CUUCUCGUAAAAGACACAAAAAGGAUAGGGAUGAAGCUUGGGAAUAUGAAGAACAUGACAGAAGAAGUUCUGGUGACCAUCGGAGAAGUGGUUAUUAUCAUGAAGGAAGAAGGACUUCUGGUAGUGGCCGUUACCGUAAUCGCAGUCCUGAUGACUCUGAUAUGGAUGAUUAUUCUUCUCCUCCUAGCCUCAGUGAGGUGGCUCGAAAAAUGAAGAAAAAAGAAAAACAAAAGAGGAGGAAAGCUUAUGAACCUAAACUAACACCUGAAGAAAUGAUGGAUUCUUCAACUUUCAAAAGAUUUACUGCUUCAAUAGAGAAUAUUUUGGAAAACUUAGAAGACAUGGAUUUUACAGCUUUUGGUGAUGAUGAUGAGAUUCCACAGGAAUUGCUACUGGGAAAGCAUCAGCUUAGUGAGUUGGGUAGUGAAUCUGCAAAAAUCAAGGCAAUGGGCAUUAUGGACAAGCUCUCAACAGAUAAAACAGUAAAGGUCCUAAAUAUUUUGGAGAAGAAUAUUCAAGAUGGAUCAAGGCUUUCUACAUUACUUAACCAUAACAAUGACACUGAAGAUGAGGAGAGAUUAUGGAGAGAUCUUAUUAGAAAGUCUGCUGAUGCUUGUCUUACUGCUAUCAAUAUUAUGACAUCACCAAAUAUGCCUAAAGCUGUAUAUAUUGAGGACGUAAUAGAAAGAGUUAUUCAAUACACAAAAUUUCAUUUGCAGAACACUCUCUAUCCUCAGUAUGAUCCUGUGUAUAGAGUGGAUCCUCAUAGUGGUGGUGUUUUAAGUUCAAAAGCAAAACGUGCCAAGUGUUCCACCCACAAGCAAAGAGUCAUAGUGAUGUUGUAUAACAAAGUUUGUGACAUUGUCAGCAGUUUGUCAGAGUUGCUAGAGAUACAGCUUCUUACCGAUACAACUAUUCUUCAGGUAUCAUCUAUGGGAAUAACACCUUUCUUUGUAGAAAAUGUCAGUGAACUACAGUUAUGUGCCAUCAAAUUAGUGACUGCAGUGUUUUCCAGGUAUGAAAAACAUAGACAGUUAAUACUAGAAGAAAUUUUCACUUCCCUUGCGAGACUACCAACUACCAAGAGGAGUUUGAGAAACUUCAGGUUAAACAGCAGUGACACUGAUGGAGAGCCUAUGUAUAUUCAGAUGGUAACAGCACUAGUUCUGCAGCUUAUUCAGUGUGUAGUGCAUUUGCCAUCAACAGAAAAAGAUUCUAAUUCAGAGGAGGAAUCAAACAAAAAAGUGGAUCAAGAUGUGCUUAUUACUAACUCAUAUGAAACAGCCAUGAGAACAGCACAAAACUUCCUUUCUGUUUUCCUUAAGAAGUGUGGCAGUAAACAAGGGGAUGAAGAUUACAGACCACUGUUUGAGAACUUCAUUCAAGAUCUUCUUUCCACCGUCAAUAAACCAGAAUGGCCAGCUGCAGAGUUGCUACUUAGCUUAUUAGGAAGGCUAUUGGUUCACCAGUUCAGUAACAAAUCUACAGAAAUGGCAUUAAGAGUUGCAUCACUUGACUAUCUUGGAACUGUAGCUGCAAGACUCAGAAAAGAUGCAGUCACUAGCAAACUGGAUCAAGGAUCUAUAGUCAGAAUCCUCAAACAG